GGUUAAGACAGAAAAGAAAGUUGUAGAAAAAAAUGCUGCUGCUUCUGCGCCAAGCAAGAGCGAAAAGGAUACGGAUGAUGCUUUAGAUUUGUUAAGUGAUACUUUGGGGGGACCAGAAAGUGUUCCAGAGUCUCCAAAAUUUACUGGACCAGAGAUCACUGACAAAACUGUCACAUCAGAAUAUUUAGAAGAACUGGGAAAGAGAGAAUCCACAAUCCCACCAGAAUACAGGCUUCUAUUGGAUGGUAAAGGAGAAAAGCCCACAGAACCACCACCAAAGGCAGCUGAAGAGAGCUUGGGUGAUGAAGAUCUCAUUGCAGCAAUGUCAUCUGAGUUUGUCAGCAGUCCAGCUCCACCUGAAGAGAAGAAGCCAAAAUUAGAGGAGAAAAAAGAAGCACAGAAGGCCUCAACAGCUCCUACCGCACUUUCACAGUCCCAGUCUGCUGCUAUAUCAGAUGAAGCUUUAGAUGCACUUAUGGGCACCCUUGAGGGACCACCAGCAACUGUACCAGACUCGCCACAAUAUACAGGUCCAGAAGUAACAGAAAAUAUCACGUCAACAUAUCUAGAGGAGCUUGGUAAGAGGGAACACACAAUCCCUCCAGAAUACAGACACUUGCUAGAUGGGAAAGACCAAGGUAAACCCAUACCACCUCCAGCAGAGAACCUUGAGCCAGCAAUGAGUGACAGUGAUUUAUUAGAUGAAUUCUCAAAGGAUUUUGAAAGCUGCCUUUCUCCAGCUGCUCAGCCCUCUGCUGCUCCUUUUGCUGUUACACCCAAAGACACUACACAAGACAAACAAGUGAAAGCAGAUGUGGUUGUUCCGUCUUCAGCAUCCUCUGUACAGGCUGCAACUGCACCCUCUGCUGGUAUGGACGAUGCUUUAGAUGAACUUAUGGGUACCCUAGAAGGCCCUGAGUUCUCUGCACCGGAGUCUCCUGUCUACACGGGUCCAGAAGUGACGGAAACGGCUACAGCAAUACACAUAGAAGAACUUGGAAAAAGGGAAAGCUCCAUCCCGCCAGCGUAUAGGCACCUGUUGGAUGGGAAAGAAGGAGGAAAGCCAGCACCAUCCAUUCCUGAAGAAAAGCCUUUGACAGAAAGUGAACUGGCAGAUGAAUUUGGUAAAGACUUUACAUGCUCCCUGUCCCCAGCUGCACAGCAAACACCAGCAGCCAAACCAAAAGAUGCCGAAGUGAAAAAGGCAGAGCCUGAAGCUGUGGUUAGCGCCUCUUCCUCCUCAUCUGUCCAGGCUACACGUUCUAAAGCACCUACUUGCAAAGCUGACCCACUAGAUGCCUUGGCUGGCACAUUAGGAACCAGGAAAGAAGAUCCAAAAGACAAAAAACCUGCUGCAGAUAAAGUAAAGGAGCAAACAGGCAAAGGAAACAAAGAAAAACUAGGGGAAGAUGAAAAGACAAUACCUCCAGACUACAGGCUAAAGGAAGUUAAGGAUAAAGAUGGGAAGCCUCUAUUGCCAAAACCUGAAGAAAAGCCUCAGGCAAUGAGCGAGGACGAUCUGCUGGAUGCUUUGACUGAAGGGUUUAUCACCCCUCCUGUUGCUUCCAAAUGUCCUCCAAUAACAUCAUCAAAGACGCCAUCUAAAAAAUCUGGGUCUGAAGAGAUUGUAUUCUCUUCAAAAGUUUCAUCUGUACAAUCCAGUGCUCCAAAGCCAUCAUCUGCAGAAUCCACCAUACCCGAUGAUGCAUUAGACCUUCUCUCUAGUUCUCUGGGAACAAGAAAGGAAGAUCCUGAUGAGAACAAGCCUGUAGUAGACUUAGUAAAGGAAAAGGCCAAAAAAGAGCACAUUGACCGACUUGGAGACAGAGAUGACACACUCCCUCCUGAGUACAGAAACCUUUUGGAUGGUAAAGAUCAGGGAAAACCUGCAAAACCAGAGGAGGUGAAGCCUAAGACAUCGCUAAGUGAUGAUGGAGCCAUUGAUGCUCUGUCUAGUGGCUUCUCCUCUUGUGCUACCGGCUCAGCUGACAAAGCAAAUAUUUCAUCAAAGGACAAGACACAGAAGAGCUCCUCCAGCACACCAGUUUCCCAGGCAGCAGGGAAGACUGUGGAAGCCACAAAGGACAAGACUGGAAAAAGCACCUCUAGCACACCAGUGUCACAGACUGCAGGAAAGACCCCAGAAGCUUCAAAGCCUACAAGUCAGAGCUCCUCUACAACACCUAGUGCCUCAAAGACAAGCAGAAGUUAGGCCAACAAUCAGUGUUCAGUCUCUGUCUCCAAUACCUGGUUGGGAAGAACAAAUUGUGAUACAAGCACAGAGCCGUGUGACAUGACUUCCACUGUCCCUUUCCCUGCACCAAGGACUUUGAAAAUGCCUCUCCUAACCCUUUAUUCCUUUUGGCAAUUUCUUUUCUCCAGUUCUUAGCAGGGGCAAAGCUUCUAUAGCUGUAAUGAUAUGUUUAUUGUAAGUAAUCUAAAGGCAGCAAUCUUUGCACAGUUUCCAGGCAGUCAGAAUGUGUGAAUGAGCACCUAUGGGGUUCCUGAUCAUGUAUAAAUUACUAUAUUUGAGGUGAGAUUUUUUUCUGCGUGUAUGCAAAUAAUACUUGGUUACGUUAAGGUUUUGGUGUUGCAAGGGUUGUGUGUCACUAAAAUAAUGAGAAUUACCUGAACAAUAAAUCAUCUUGGGCUAAUUUAAUGUCAAUGCAAAGAGCUAUGAAGUA